GGUGGUGCAAUUGGGGCACACGGGUCUUUUCCCGGUGCAGACCAAACACACUGCCGAGCUGCAGCGACUCAAGGAGAUGCUCGCUGCCACGGAAACCACCAACACCGACCUUCAGAAAGAGAACAGCGAUCUGCAGUUGAAGUUGGCACGGUCUCGGAACCAGUCGAUGCGGGAUAUAGACCAGGGACUCAAGGAGAAGAGCGACAAGUGGGCAAAGGAGAGGAAGGCCAUGGUGGACGAAAAGAAAGAGCUGCAAGCUGAACUGGACAAGGUAACCACGGGUUACGAGCAGCUGAAGAUGACCAAGAAAGAACAGGAGUCUGAACUGUCGGAACUGCGACAUAACAAGGAGCUACUCACCCAGUGGGAGCAGCAGAUAGCCGACAUCAUCCAGUGGGUCUCGGACGAGAAAGACGCCAGGGCCUACCUCAAGAGUAUGGCCAAGAAACUGGCCGACGACGUGGAAGGCCUGAAAUCUACCGCCAACACUCUCAACAGGCCGAAAGAGGAAUGGAUGGAGCGCCGCACUCUCCGCAGGGACAAACAGGAUUUCCUGGACCUACAGCUCAGCCUCCAGUCUGAGAUUGACGCAAAGUCAAAGAUCGCCAAGGACCUCACCGACCUGAAGGCCCACUAUGCCGAGAUGGAAAGUCGGGUGGCUCAGGCAGACGGCGAGAGUGCUCGACUAAAGAAAGAAAACGAGAAACUGUUGAGCCAAAUGCAUCAGUCGAGACUAGGUUCCCGCUCUGACAGUAACAGUCAUUUCUUCUCGUCCGGAGUCUAUUCCAGUCCGGAACCAAAACAGCAAGCCCCGUCCCCUACCUCUAAAUCUUCAAAGCAAGCCAGAAAGACCCCAACGAAGGAGAGUACGCACGAGCUGAUAGUGAGGACGUUUGACACGCCCACCAAGUGUGACACGUGUACCAGUGUCAUGUUUGGACUGGUUCGACAGGGGCUUGUCUGCAAGAACUGUCAGAUGAGCUGCCAUGUUCACUGUAAGGAUAGGGCAGUACCGACUUGCCCCCUACCCCCUGGACAAGCCAAGUUGCCGUUUGGUAUCGAUGUCCACCACGGGGUGGGGACUGCGUGCGAGGGAUGGAUCAAGAUCCCAAAACCGGGUGGAGUCCGGCGCGGUUGGCAACGAGCCUACGCCAUCGUGUGUGACUUCAAGGUCUUCCUUCACGAGCCUAGCAACGACAUACACACUCCGUCAGUCAGUGCCAGUCACAUCUUUGACAUCAGGGACAUAAACUUCAAAGUGUCUCAGGUGACCAGACAAGACGUCAUCCAUGCUGGUCCAAAACUCAUCCCUGCCAUCUUCAAGAUGUCGUGCAACCAGACAGGGUGUCCAGGAAUAACCAGUGAGGCUCUGGUUCUAACAGAGAACGAAACUGAGAGAGAUCGCUGGCUGGCAACUCUGGAGGAGCUACAGAAGGCGGCCAAGCAGAGCACACAACAUGGGGCUCCAAUAUUCAGUGUUCGAGAGAUGUACAGCACCAACCAACUGGAGGUGUUGAAGUCGGCCCAGUCCGCUGCCAUCAUGGACCCUGACCACCUCCUCAUCGGUGACUCGGAGGGACUCUACAUGCUGGACAUGGCCGAAGAGGGACUGUACAAAUUUGGCGACAAAGACGUGAGGAAGGUGUCACAGAUUUCGAUGAUCGAGGAAGAGGGACUCAUCGUGUUGUUGGCUGGUCGUACGCGCCAGUCGGUGCGACUCCUGCCAGUAUCGGCGUUGGAGAGUGGCGAGAUAAAGAACGUUCUCAUCAAGGUCACCGAGACUGAGGGUUGUUCGUCGUUCACAUGUGGCUCACUGGGCCACACCUGGUACAUAUGUGUGGCAGUCAAAACCAGAGUCCUCGUCUUCCACAUCAACAAGACCAAGACCAGAUACGAGAAGAGGAGGGAGAUUUCUCUGCCAAACCAAGUCCAGAGUCUGAGCGUAUUGGGAGACAAUGUGUGUAUUGGCUACCAGUCUGGGUUCUCUCUCUACCAUCUCUACUCUGACAAACCUGCUCAGAAACUGGUUCACGAUGAUGACCUGACACUGGGGUUUGUCCGUCUCAACAGUCUGCCAGCACUGCACGCCGUCCAGAUCAAUAAUGGACAAGAAUACAUCCUCUGCUUCAAUGUGGUGGGUGUGUAUGUCAACCAAAAUGGAAACCGCUCAAGAAAACAAGAGCUUCUCUGGCAUUCCUCUCCAACGUCCUUCGCCUAUCUGGCUCCCUAUCUGUUGGUGUACUGUGAGAGUGCCCUGGAGAUCUACGAUGUCAACACAGCCAAAUGGAUCCAGACUAUUCCUUUCAGGAAGCUCCAUUCCCUGUCUGAGAAUGGGUGUCUGGCCAGUUCCAGUAUGUCUGAUCCUCCCAUUCUCCUCUACAUCAAAAAACAGAUGGACCAAGAUGCAAUCCACAUACCAGGGCUGUCAAGAAAGAACACGGACCGCAUACGAGCCAGCAAAAGAAAGGCUGAUCCAAGAGCGCAGAAAAAGGCCCUACCAGGAAAAGCGGCCAUUUCAGGACCGACAAACUUCACUCAUGUCGAGCAUUUCGGUCCCUACCAGAGCCUCAACCCCGAGGAAAUGCCUGUCAGUUAGGGGGAGAUAAUGAAUGCAUAUACUAAAGAGCAAUCUUAAAGCUGUUGUGCAGAGAAAUUCUCAAUUUUAAACCUGUCUAGAGAAACUGAGUAGGGAAGCUACUCAAACUGGCUCUAGUAAGCCAAAACGACAUGCAUACAGAAGAACGGAAGCUCACUUUUUAAGCUUGUAUCUUGGUGCAUUCUACCAAGUUAUAGUGGGUGUGGGAUUUCUAGCCUCUAUAUCCGUCAGUGGAGUUAGCUCUGGUAACACCCCUUCCCUUUGAAUGCGCCUAUUUUACCUCUGCACGUAGUACUGUGCUACGUAAACGCAUGCUUUCAGCCAUCACGUAUGAGGCUUGCUAUCUUCACUGUAAAGACUGCUGUGGUGUGUGUGUGUGUGUGUGUGGUCUGUACUGCAGGAUGCAGGGACGUUGACUGGAGAGGCAGAAGUAGGUCCCAGUCCAUCCAUCCAGAGUCUCAGUGCCAUUCAGGCUGGACCGGGUGGACCUCACAGUAGGAAGAACUCCGAGAGAGAUACGUUUUCUGAUGCACUGAACAUUGACAGAUUAUCAACUGGAGCCGAUAUAUCAAGUAUAUUUGACAAGUACGGCUACAAAAGCGGUGGACUGGGCUCUUUCCUGGACGAAAAUGGGCAAUAAUGUUUCAACCAUCCGAUAGUUAUCCACAAUGCAUUUAUUAUGAACACUUGUGUGUUUGUGGGGCAGAACUUAUUAACUGUUACAUUUUUGUAUCAUCAUAAGUACUACACUUAUUCAUAAUAAUAUCUAAUAUAUACCUUAGAUAUUAUUUGUAUGUGUGGAACACCACACGAAAGGAGACUAUAUUUAUUGUUCAUUAGUUUCUUUUUUAUUCCACACAAGCUAUUGGUUAAUUUUUGCUCCAAUAAUAAUUUUAUGGCUUGA